GCGGCACAGCUAGCCUGUGCUUUGCGGCAACAGUGUUAGCCCGGUCCGGAUCUUGCCAGGCCCAGGCCUUGGGCGGGAAAGGCGGCAGGGACCGGAGGUGGCGUUCCUGUUAGGGCUCGGCAGUUGAUUACUUGGUUUCUUUAGUUUUUGUCCCUCCCCCCCCCCGCGCCCCCUUUUGAGUGACCAGGAAGACCAGCGCAGCCUCCACUUCCGGCUAUAAGUGCGCCUCCUAGUACCAGAGGCGCCUCCGCUCCUCUCCGGCUCCCUUCCCCUUCUCUUUUUUUCGUAUCCCCGUCAGACUCGUCGCUUCCCCAGGACGUCUGGUCGUCUUCUCGGAUUUUGUCUUAGUCUUUUGCGGCCUGCAGCGCGCUCCCUCCCUGCGGAGCGGGUCGGGCUGCGGUGGGCGGAAUGGAGCCGCCAUCCGGGCCGGCCUCGCCCGAGGACGGCUCCCCCGCCGCCCUCGCACAGGCUUUCUCCAGGAUCUUGCCCCGUCUCACCGGCCAGGAGGCACGGCGGGCCGACAACAGCGAGGGGGCCCUGGCGGAGCUCAGCGCGCUCCUGGAAGCCCCGGCGUGUGAGCGCUUGUUGGAGGGCGGUGGCGGGGCGCUGCACGGGGUGCUGGCGCAGGUGGCGCAAGCCCUGGAGAAGUGUGCAGCCCCACGCAAGGACGAGGCGGGCCCAGGGGUGGCCGAGAGAGCGGCGCGGGUCGGGCUGGUGUUCCUGAAGCUCUUGGGGAAAGCGGAGGCCGCCAGGCGCUCGCCGGGGUCCCCCGCGGGCAGGGCCGGCCUGCGGCACUUGGCGGCACCCAUCUACGUGUUUGCCGUCACGCACAGCGCGGAGCGACCGUGGAGCAGCCCGAGGUCCCGCCACGUGGCCGGGGAGGUGCUGGCCUCGCUGCUUGGCGCGACCGAGUGCGGCUCCGUGGCGGGGUUCCUGCGCGGAGAGCGUGAAGACGACAAGGGCAGGUUCGCCGGGAUCCUGGGCCUUCUCAAAGCCGACCUGAACAAGGAAUCCUGGAAGAAUAAUCCAGCCACCAAACAUGUUUUCUUCUGGACUCUGCAGCAGGUCACCCGACCCUGGCUGAACCAACAUUUGGAAAGGGUGCUUCCCCCGUCACUGCUAAUCUCCGAUGAUUAUCAAACUGAGAACAAAAUCCUGGGUGUCCACUGCCUGCAUCACAUUGUGCUCAACGUGCCAGCUGCCGAUCUGUUCCAGUAUAACAGAGCCCAGGUGCUAUACCAUGCCCUUUUCAACCACCUGUACACGCCGGAGCACAGCCUCAUCCAGGCUGUGCUCCUGUGUCUGCUGGAUUUAUUCCCUGUCCUUGAGAAAGGCCUGCACUGGAAGGGAGAUGCAGCACGACCCACCACACACUGUGAUGAGGUCCUGCAGCUGAUCCUGACCCACAUGGAGCCAGAGCACCGCAUUCUCUUACGCAGGACCUAUGCUAGAAACCUGCCAGCGUUUGUCCAGAGGUUGGGGAUCCUAACUGUCCGGCACAUGAAAAGGCUGGAGCGAGUCAUUAUUGGUUAUCUGGAGGUUUAUGAUGGACCAGAGGAAGAGGCUAGAUUGAAGAUAUUAGAAACCCUAAAACUUCUCAUGCAGUACACGUGGCCCAGAAUUCCAUGCAGACUUGUGGUCUUUCUGAAGGCUCUCUUGAAACUCAUAUGCGAUGUAGCAAGGGACCCAACCCUUACACCUGAACCUGUUAAGAAUGCCUUGCUGCAGGAGGCCACAGACUGCCUGAUUACCCUGGACCACUGCUCUCAAGGACAGGUGAAGGAUCUCCUGGCCAAGAUUCUCCAAAGCUGUGAAGACAGCAAGGUGGUAAGCUGCCUCAGAAAAGUGCAGCAGGCUCCCGAAGGUGCUCACUACCAUGGGACUUAA